CCUUGCUCCGGGAGCCUGCUCCCAAUUGCAGAUAAUUUAUUGGCAAGUGUCCUGAACAGACUGCUUCCUAAUCUGCUCUGCCCAGUGCUUGACAUCGCCCUGGGACUCGUCAGUGGCCAGCUGGGAGUCCUGAACUGGGAGCACACAGUGCUGUGCCAGGACAUGCCUCCCUUCUGGUGUCUCAUCUUCCUCGGGGGCCUCCUGCCUCCCUCCCAGGGCCUCCUCAACCUGCUGAACCCAGCACAAGCCAGUGGUGGCCUGCUUGGGACUGGUCUCAUCGGUGGAAAUGGUGGCUUGCCUGGCACAGGUGCUCUUGGUGAAGGUGGGCUGCUUGGCACUGGCCUCCUGGGCAAAGGAAGUCCAAGUGGAGCAGAAAGUGGAGGUCUCCUUGGUGCAGGAAAUGAACCCAGCGGAGCUGGGGCCCUUGGCACAGGCCUCCUAGGAGGACAACCUGGCAGCAGUGGGCUGCUUGGCACGGGCAUCCUCGGUGGGAAAGGACUUGGCACAGGUGUCCUCGGCGAGAAAGGCCUUGCAACAAGCCUCCUUGGUGGGGAAGGACUUGGCACAAGCCUCCUUGGUGGGGAAGGACUUGGCACAGGCCUCCUUGGUGGGGAAGGACUUGGAAAUGGUCUCCUCAGCAGUGGUCUCCUCGGCAAUGGCCUCCUUGGCAAUAACAGCCUUCUUGGAGAGACAGGUCUGCUUGGCACAGGGCUGCUUGGAAAAGGAGGUCUCCUAGGCAAUGGAAGUCUGCUUGGACUCGAUGGUCUUCUGGGUGGAGCAGGAGGACUUCUGGGUGCAGGAGGACUGUUGGGUGGUGGACCCUCCCAGAAGAUGACACGCUAUGCCUGGCUGAAGGUGCUGAACCUUGAGAACGCCCGAGUGUCAUGGAAGGUCCUUCGUGGGACUGAGCUUGUGCUGAACCUGUACUCGAAGCUGGUGCUCCGCUUUCCAGGGAUUUUUCAGUUUCUGAGUGGAUCCUCAGUAGAAGCAAACAUCACAUCCCACAUUGCCCUGACCCAGGACUCCCCCGGUGACCUCAAGUUGGUGCUUAAGGAUUGCAACAACCUCCUUGGUGGCUUCAAAGUCAGCAUGAGGAAGGGGCUCCUCACCAAUCUGGUGAGCGGCUUGCUGAACAAGUCUCUUAAGUCCCUUGUCCCUGCGCUGCUCUGCCCAUUAGUGAACAUCUGGGUCAGCAUCAUCAACAUUAAUCUGCAAUUCCUCAACCGCGUCAUCUCCUUUGGGCUUCUGGGGAAAAUCUACUCUGCCCUCUCCAAACUGCCAGUGACAGCUGGGCACUAUGUGGAGCUGGAUCUGCAGAAUUCCCCAUUCCCAAGCACCUUCAUCGACUGGCUCCUUCAGACCGCAGGUGUCAAUCCUGGGAUCAGUCCAUAGCUGCAAGAUUGGCAACUCCCUGGGGUCCCCUGCAGGCGAUUCCCAAGGAGAAGGAGGGAAGGGAGGAAAACGACUCAGUAGGUGGAGAAUAGACAUGAAAAUGAAGAAACCAAACCAAGAAAAGACUCUUUCUUCUGCUCUACAUUUCAGCCUUCUCAGAUUUUGGUGUCUCUGUCCAGCCUGGAGUUAUCUGUGCCAAUGAUAAUCUGUGCCAACAGUGAGCAAUGUCGAUAAUUAGCCAUAUUGAUAAUUAGCUAUGUCAAUGAUCAGUCAUGUUGAUGAUGAGCCAUGUUGAUGACACUGAGACUGUGGAGACAGGAGCCCCAGGUCUUGCCUGUGUUCCUCCUGGCUCUCAUGGCCACAAACCACUUGCUAUGGUACUCACUGAUGAAGGGAUGACCUUGAUGUCCUGGUUUUUCCUCAUGCCCACCCCAGCUUCACUUGGACUGGGGUUUAGGCCAGGUAAUGGCUCAGCACAGAGGGGACAUUCCAAGUGCUGGAUGAAGUCAGGCAGGGGUUUGGUCCCCUCUGGAAUUUCAUGAGUUUGCACCAACUGCACAAAUCCUUCUGAGAAGGGAAGAGAGAAAAGGGACGAAUUCAAUGAGCUGUAAACACUUUGUCUUUGCUCUGCUUCUUGAUUGGCUUGCCAUUUCAAAAGGGAAUUUUGCUGUUUCCAGUGAUUUCAUACUGUUAAAAAGAGGCAAAAAAAGCCCCCAGCCUAAUCCAGGCACACACUCAGCCUAUUUGUUCCCAAACAGCGACGCUUUGAACUGAUCAGAGUGAACGCUAUCCUGCCUUGUAAUCUCCAAGUGGAUUUGGAUGUGCUGCAUUGUGGGUGAGGUGGAUUUGAGGCAGAUUCACACCCUUCUGUUACUCCUUACAAUAAAAAUGAUUUUUCUUCAUCUGCA